AAGGGUUGAUCAGAGAUCAGAUCAUAGAUUUGGAUCAUGUAUUUGGCAUCGUUUUUACGCAGAUCUUGUUCAGUUCAGAUCAGACAGCAUGUCCGAUCUCAGCAGUGGGUCAUACCGACAUUCUCCUGCCUUUCCUCGAGAGGGUUCCACGUGACCGGCAGCAGAAGGACCUAUGAUGUCCGGAAAGUGGAGCUGACACCACUGGAGCAAAGAAAACUGACCUUCGACAGUCAUGCUCUUGUUAAAGAUCUGGAAUUUAACGGGUUUGAAAAGAAGCAGGCCGAGUUGAUCGUCAGUGCCCUGGUCACUCUCACGACAGCCAACAUGGACAUCGUGUACAGGGACAUGGUAACAGGAGCUCAUCAGGAAAUUGCACUCCAGCAAAUCAUGGCACAUCUGGAUUCCAUUCGGAAGGACAUGGUCAUUCUGGAGAAAAGCGAAUUUGCCAACUUGAGAUCGGAAAACGCAAAAAUGAAGAUUGAACUUGAACAGAUCAAAAACAGACUGCUGGAGGAAAGUCAAAAAAUCAGAGCGGACACAAAGUUGGAUUUUAAUCUGGAGCGAAGUCGAGUAACCGACAUGUUCACAGAGCAAGAGAAAAAACUUAUGGAGGUUAACUCUGAGUUUCACAAGAAGAAUGCUGAAAUUGAAACUAGCGCAAUCGAAACCACCAAGAAACUGGACAUCGAAGUGGCUUCACUAAAAACACUGCUGGAGUCACUAAAGCUUCAGACAAUCCGAUAUCUCGCAGUGUGCAUCUUCUCCUGUUUGGCAGUUGCCCUCAGUGUCUAUCGGUUUUGGAAGUAAAAGAAACAUCUAUUUUAACACUUUUAGCUUUGUCAUGUAUGUAAAAGGAGUAUUAUUGCAAGCAAUUAUUUUAUUUUUUUUAGAAUGAACAUAUCCUCCUCGUAUUGAUUUCUCUCAUAUUGUACCAUCAACACCACUGUUAAUAACCACUAAAAUAAAUACUAAAAUAGCUGAGCAGUGUUUGUGAACCUCAGAACAUUCAGCUUGUUUAUGUUUUGUGCUUUGAUCAUUAAAGCUCACUGGUUUGAA